AUGAGCAUCCUUAUCACUACGAAAUCCAGCUCAAAAUCGAUAUUCCUGAUUUCUUUCACGCUACUACUUUUCUCCUUCACAUUUACUAGAGGCGCAGGGGAACGACCGCAGGUAGAUCGAAUUCGAAGCAGUGCACGAUCGUUACGGAACUCAACCGCGACGAAAACACGAACAACGUACGCGAACGCUAGUGCUCUUCUGGCCGAGCUGCUGUCCGAUUACGAUAUUCGCCUUAGGCCUGGUUUUGGCGGUGAUGCGCUUCUCCUCACAAUGGACAUCAUUAUCGCUUCGUUUGAUUCGAUAUCCGAGGUGAACAUGGACUACACGAUCACAAUGUAUCUGCAUCAAUACUGGACAGAUGAACGUCUAUCGUGGAGUAGCGCCGUUCCCAUCGAUGAGAUGACACUAAGCGGAGAGUUUUCGCAAAAUAUCUGGGUGCCUGACACUUUUCUUGCAAAUGACAAACACUCAUUUCUUCAUGAAGUCACCGAACGCAAUAAGAUGCUUCGAGUUAGUGGAGAUGGUAAAAUCGCCUACGGAAUGAGGCUCACUUCAACACUCAGCUGUUCGAUGAAUUUGCGCAAUUUUCCAUUGGAUUCACAGAACUGUACUGUGGAAAUCGAGUCCUAUGGUUACACUACCUCUGAAGUGCUUAUGAAAUGGAACCAUCCACAAGCAGUGCAUGGUGUCGAACAUGCGGACGUUCCCCAAUUCACCAUCACCGGUUUUCAAACUGAGGAUCGUGUGGUUAGGACUGCAACAGGAUCCUAUCAGCGUUUGUCGUUGGUUUUUCAACUUCAGCGCUCUGUCGGCUAUUUCAUUUUUCAAACAUAUCUUCCAUGUGUGCUCAUCGUUAUGUUGUCCUGGGUCUCAUUUUGGAUCAACCACGAAGCUACGAGUGCUCGUGUUGCUUUGGGCAUAACGACGGUGCUUACCAUGACAACAAUCUCUACAGGUGUACGUCAAUCGCUUCCUAGGAUUAGCUAUGUGAAGAGUAUUGACGUCUAUUUGGUGAUGUGUUUUGUGUUCGUUUUUGCUGCUCUUCUGGAGUAUGCUGCAGUGAACUACUCCUACUGGGGUAGACGAUCGAGAGGUGGUGGCGAAGAAUGGCCUGGAGCAAAUAACACAAAUAAAGAAGAUCGUGAAGGUGCUGUAAACAUGAAAAGCUGGGGAGUACCGAGCAGUUUUAUUGACGAGCUACAUCAAUCUACAUCAGAUCCUCGCACUCACGAUCUGAAUUCCACGUCAGCAGCAGCAGCACCACCACCAAAGAGUCGUCAACGACCGACAAGCCCUAUACAGUCCCUUUGUCCUUCUGGAAGCAAUGGUCUUGACGAUACGCCUGACUAUCCUAGAUAUACUACCGUAAUCCAAGGAAGAAAACCGAGACAGUCGCUGUCCGCGAGGACACGACGACGACUUAGAAUGACCAAAAUGCGUGCUGUUAGCAUGAAGACGUCAUUGCAUCGAAUUGGUAAACGGGCUCGAAAAGCUAUUCCAACUAUCCGUGUUCGUGACGUUAAUGUCAUCGACAAGCCUUUGGUGAAGACUAGAGAUUGUCGAAACGUCAGCCCAAUAUAUUGUCUCACCAACACCUCGUUUGCUUAA